AAAGGAGAACUUCCCUGUCAGCCUCCGUCAGCUCCUGUGGACUGGUCUCAUGUCCCUCACGGUACUUGUUCCUCUUCCUCUGGGUCAGGACCAGCAGGAAGUGUGAGUACAGGUCCGUCAGGGUCGUGGGCAGCGCUCCUCUCUGCUCUGUAGUCAACAUGUGCUCCAGAACCGAGGGAGGCAGGUUCCCCUGGAUGAGGCUGGUCAGCAGCACGUUGACCGAUGACGUGUGUGUGACGUCAGACACCAGCUCCCUGACUUGACUUCACCUACUUGAGUAGUUACAUGAAACCCCCAUGUGCACAAAAGGCUACACAAUAUGUCUUAAAUAAGCCAAACCUGAGGUGAAAUAUUUCAGAAGUUAUUAAGAGUUAAAGUGUAGUACAGUAGUAGUUUUUUCUCAUUAGGACUGGAUCCUAUAAUAAAACUAUAAUGGAUAAAGCAGGGUGCACUUCUAGACUUAGUGUCUGAUUACAUUUAUUCCACAUUUAAUAACACAUAAAUGGCUACAAAGUAAUUCUUACCUUCAUUGGAUACGUGAACUCAGCGGAAGUUGCGUUAUUUUGAAGGAGACACCGGAAGCAGUGAGGUUGUAUUUAAGCUAGCUUUCUAUAGCCGUGAACCAGAGAAGCGGAGCGAUGCCAGGCGUCUGACUGCGGUUCUACGAGAGCAGAACCGGGCUUCACAUUAGACCGAACCACCACGGAAUGCGGUCUGGUAAUUCGAAGUACGUGAGCCAAUAAACAGAACCAUGGUGACCAAGAAAGCUCGGACCGAGUACAUGAAGAGGUUCAAGGAUCCCAAAUGGGAGACGUUUUCCAAAUGCUACGAGGACUCUCUGAAGUACCGCCUGACCCGGCGGGUCAUGGAGCACUCCCACAAGCCCUGGUUCUGGGAGGGCUGGGACAGCGGCUCCGAGUCCAGCGGCUGGUCCACCCCGAGGCUGGCGAGGAACAGAGUGGCUCCUCUGUCCCUCCCUCUGCACACCUCCAUGGAGGUCAAGCAGACGUUGGAGGAGCUGGAGGCCGGGCCCGGACCCAAAGGCUCUGAGGACGGAGGCGCUGCACCAGCUGCAGAAGACGCUGAGGCUGAAGCCAGCGGAGGUUCGGCUCCAAACAGCAGCGGACCUUCAGACGACCGGGCCACGGACGCCGGCCCGGCCGACUCGGCGUCUUCUGACGGGGAACCGGCCAAACCAGUGCAGAAACGACACCACCGGCGCCGAAGCCCCCGCUCUGAGACGGGCCUUAAGGACAGGUCCGGUGACGACAAGCCGCCGAGGGCCAAGAGCCAACCAGCCAUCAGCACCCGGGAGAAGGAGAACCGGAGGCCGUCCAGCCGACUGGACUGGACCGAGAGGCAGCCGGAGGCCCGGCGGGCGCCCAAUGCCAACAGUCACACGUCUGACGCCUGCGUCCAGACCCGGCGCCAGUCCGCCAAGCGCAGCUCCAACCCGGAGCGGCGCCGGGCCCGCUCGGCCGACCCGGACAAGCUGAGGCGCUCGCAGCUGACGGUGGCGGACGAGCGCUGGACGACGGAGUACAUGCGCUGCUUCUCCGCCCGGCUGAGGUAGAGACGCAGCGGGUCAGAACCAGCUCACCUUGUUGCUUCCGUCCAGACAGUCAGGCAGCGGUGCUGAUCCAGACCCAAGGCUGAGCUUCAGCCUCGUCCAGGAUCACAGGAAGCUGGAGGUUCCAGGACGAGAAUGACGUCUAUGCAAACACAAGUUUCCAACCUGCGACUCCACCGAUCAGCACGGCGACAGAACGUGAUCCGAGGCUCCACUCAGCAGAACCAUGAAUGAAGUUAAACAGGGUGCUGCUGAUCCGAUUAGUGACUAAAGCAGGUUCUAACGUGUCCCGUCUCGUUUCAUAGACCAGUGGUUCAACCUCUGUCCUGAUUCGAGACAAAGGCCAGUCUGAGGACGAGCCUCCGAUCACAGUCUGUGGGGAUGAAGCUGGUUCUGGUUCUGGUUCUGGCUUCCUGCUCGUAAACUUCACCAAGACAAAUUUGAAAUCAGCAGCUGAAUCGGCUCCUGUUUGGAGACGGACCAGAAAACAAACAUCUGCAUCAUAUGAAUGUAUCUGAGCAUGAAAGUCUCCCAACACGUGCUUCAUGUUCAUUCUUCCUCACGUGGCAGCUGUUUUUACCUCAGAGGCAGAACGGACCAAACCGGAACAACCUUUUAUACCACUUUGAAUCUAAGAAAUCAAGAAACAGGCUAUUUACACACUGACGACUAUAUUUAUUGACCGUAUUCUCUCCAGUCAAACAAUGAAACAACCCAGAUUAAAGAGGAUUUGAGAAUAAAGUUAAGUAAACGUUUACACCAGUGUUAAAGUGUUUUCACAGAUGAACGACUGAUAAUUGUUCACGCCUCAGCUUGUAUCAUUAAAAACCACUAGGACUCGUUCCUUCGUUUACUUACGGAUUCAUAUUUUUCAUAAUGUUUGGAUGUUUCAAAAAAUGGAAAUAUUUGUCUGAGAAAAAGUUGAAAUAAAUAAUGAAUAUUUACAUAAAAGCUCAGCACAGGAACAGACAAAUAUUGAAAUUGAAGUGAUGUUUAUUUAUACUCUGCAGUGGAUCAGUUUUUAUUUUGUUUUCAGUUGAAGUGUUAAAUAUUGUAGUUUAAAUGUGUCACUGUUACUGAACCAGGUCUUCACAGAAAAGAAUGAAUGAAUUAUUAAAAUAGAAUCUUGUGAAUGUUGUGGAGUUCAGUCGAGCGCCUGUUGAUGUAACUAAAGACUGACGUUCAAUGCGUGCGCUGAUGAACCGAGGGCUAAACUUCAUUUACUACAUUUUCUAUCUUUCCUUUGAACCUGAACGCAUGAAUUCACUGAAUGUUUAUGGAUUUCACGCCGGCUGAAUGUACAGAUCCAUUCCUUUACUGCUGGUACAUUUAGUGUCCAGUCACAGCAUCAGAACAUUCACAUCUGUUUACACCAAACGUUGGCGACAAUCACUGAAAACCACUGAAGCUGAAACAACGAAUGAUGUUCGUUUGCUGUGAAACUUAAGCUUGGAGUUGUUGUGGUUUAUUGGAGUAUUUAUUCAUUUUAUGACUGUACAGAAUGAUGUUCAUCCACUGCUGUGAAAUUAAUCUGUUUGAAAUAAAAAUGAGUAUUUGAAUGUGUUGAACUGUCA